AUGCCGGGAAUCCUGCCAAUGAAAGUGAUCAAGGUGGGCACCAGCUCACAGAGUCGAAUCGCCCAGGCAUGCGACCGCUGCCGCUCCAAGAAAAUACGUUGUGAUGGGAUCCGCCCGACGUGCUCACAAUGCUCGAAUGUAGGCUUUGAGUGUAAGACUAGCGACAAGCUGAGUCGACGCGCCUUCCCUCGCGGCUAUACUGAGUCCCUAGAGGAAAGAGUACGGCAGUUGGAAACCGAAGUCCGAGAGCUGAAGGACUUGUUAGAUGAGAAGGAUGAAAAGAUUGAUAUGCUCUCCAAAAUGCAUGGUCACCGCACCCCUUCCGCAAGGUCGAGUGCAAGUCCGAAGCCGCCGGCCAAGCCGGAAAGAGACGGUAGUCUGCCAGCGAAACAAGAUGUCUUUCGUGUACAGGCAACACCGCUACUGCUUGGUGUUGAAAAUUCAGAUUCGUAUUUCAUGGGGUCCUCGAGUGGACGGGCUUUCAUCGAAACAUUCAAGCGAAAAAUUCAAGAAAACGGGAAUCCGUGUGGGGAUUUCAACCCAGAAGCAUUCCUUCACAUCCAAGGAUGUUAUCCUUUGGUAACAAAACCUCCCCCACAGUCGUUAAGAGUGCCGCCUCGACUCUUCUCGGAUAGAUGUGUGAAUGUCUACUUUCAGGAAUGGGCGCCGCUUUUCCCGGUGCUCCAUAAACCCACAUUCUUGCAUCUCUACGAUGAUUUUGCUAGCGACUCUGACAAGAUCAAGAACAACCAUAAGCUCGCGCAACUCUACUUGGUAUUCAGCAUCGCCGCCUUGUCGAGCGAAAUGCCGGACCUGGAACAGAUUGCCGCUUGCGAGUUGCAGUGGCAAAAGGCGCUUGACGCUGUCAUGAUGGACAACACGAUGCACACACUUCAGUGUCUAGUGUUGGCUCUCGUAUAUUGCACAAUCCGAGCCGACUACAAGCGUCUUCAACAUUACAAGGCCAUCGCUGUUGGGCUAUCUCACCGGUUAGGCCUGCACCAGAGCCAAAAGCGCUUCUCAUUCGGGGCUCUCACAAUUGAGACACGGAAAAAGGUCUUCUGGACACUUUAUUCUCUCGACUGCUUUUCUGCCGCUAUUCUCGGCCUACCCAAAUUAUUGAAGGAUGAGGAUAUUCAUGCAGAAUAUCCGUCAGAUACAGACGAUGAAUAUGUUACAGAGAAAGGGUUCCAACCUACUCUCCCUGGAGAGCAUACCAGGAUCUCCAGUGCGCUCGCUCUUUUUAGGCUCUCGCGAAUCUUGGCUCACGUUCUGGAAAAGAAUUAUCCUGCUUCCACUUCACACGAGCUUUCACUUCAACAAAUGUCAUUACUUGAUGCAGAGCUCCAGGCAUGGGAUGAGGCCCUUCCGACCCAUCUCAAGCUCAACUUCGUUCAGGAUAAGCCUUCAACAGACGUCACUGGAAGCAGGUCUCCUAUUUUGGCUUUGGCAUAUUACUAUGUCCGUACGCUUAUAUAUCGCCCGGCAGUGGGCUCGAGCUUGGGGGCGAAGGCUGCACCAGCUCUUCUAGCUACUGCUGACUCGAGCAAGCAUAUCAUCCAGAUCAUUCAAUUGCUUGAAGAGAGAAGCAUGUCUUUUUCUUUCUGCCUAAACAAGACCGAUACUCUUGUUCUUUGCGGAGUGACUUUGCUUUAUCAGGGCCUGGAGCUUAAGCAUGAUAGUAAGCUGAUGAAGGAUGUAGAGCGGCUGACUAACGUAGUUUUGAGCACGUUGCAAAAAGCUAGAGCUGCUGGAAUUAAUGACCUGAAGAGAGUAGCAAGGAUGUUGAUCAUGGUCGGUGAACCAUCACCAACGGCAUCGACACAAAAGAGUCCAAGCAUAGCAAUAACAGCGGCAGGCAGAACCUCGCCGCCAGCAACUGCGUUUGCCAAGGGUUCGCCAUACGGCCGGCAUACCGGAGCCGCUAUGAGUGAGACGGACCUGUUAUCGCAACAAGAAAAGUUACGUCGUAUGACGAUGCCAAGCGCAUCAGCUACGCGACCAGAGCUUUACCGCACACCGUCACGGGCUUCAUUUGACCAUAGCAACACGGAUCAAUCAGCAUCACAACGCGAUCACCACUUCUCUAUCUCCCAGAUCCAACAAAGCAUGAUGCGAAUGUCACCGACACAGCGAACCAAGCCCAACAUGGACUAUCUUUCACUUGGCAACAGCACGGCAUCAAACCCUCAACCACUAUCUCCGAAUCAAAACCAAAUGCCACCCUCGCACCCCAUCCCACCUCCUCAUCAACCACAAGCCCCAUUAUACCCGCCUACUCCAUCGAGUAAAGGUGUUUCAGGGGGUGGUAUAUCGCUAAGUGAGUGGGAAGCGCUGCUAGGUGCAAUGGACGGUGGUCAGAUCAACGUCUACGAUGCUAUUUAUGGGGGUCCCGCUCUAUCCCUAGAGACGCCCACCAGUGCAGCUACAAAUUACACGGAGUGGACGCCGGACCCUUGGGAUUUGUCUGGUUUCAACAUUCGAGAUCUAGAUUUGAGCACCAACGCAGGCGGGCCUCAGAGCGUGCUCAGUUUGAGCGAUGAAAGCCUCAGCUCAGGAGAAGACCUCUCGACCGACCUAUAUCUUAGCAUGAAUAGUGACGACUACAAAAGCGGGUUAAUACCUCAUAGAAACAGCCACGACGGGCCAUCUGUAUUGGAUGGUCUCGAUAUGGGUCUUGGGGUGUGA